UCACUGUUCUCUAGUAACAUAGGGAGUGAGCACUUUAUUGGACUGGCAGGGGCCGGUGCAUCAACAGGGAUAGCCAUGAUUCUGUUCGAGUGGAGUCCGGUGUUUCUGAUAUUGCUGCUUGGCUGGUAUUUUAUCCCUGUCUAUAUUUCCGCUGGGGUGUACACCUUGCCAGAGUAUCUUGAGAAGCGUGUCGGAGGAAACAAGAUCCGGAUUUAUAUAUCGGUUUUGUUCCUGGUGCUCGCUGUUGUCACCAAACUAGCGGUGAAUAUGUUUGCUGGUGGCCUCUUCAUACAAAUGGCUACCGGAUGGAACAUGUACAUGUCUGUCAUCAUUUUGUUAGUGAUCACGGGAUUUUACACCAUACUGGGCGGACUCAAGGCGGUGAUGUAUACCGACACAUUCCAGGCAUUAGUCCUCACGCUCGGAGCUCUUCUCUUGUUUGGAAUAGCUUUCAGUCGUGUCGGGAGCUUGGAAAACCUGGAACGUUUGUAUAUGAAUGCAACUGCCACUAUCCAGAUCGCCAACAGUACCUGUGGCUUACCAAAGAAGGAUGCAUUCCACGUGUUCCUUGAUCCUGUUAAUGGCGAGCAACCCUGGCCAGGUCUACUUGUCUGUUCCUCUCUGGGAUGUGUCGCCUACUGGUGCUGUGACCAGGUUAUAGUACAAAGAUCUCUANAAAACUUUAAUCUAGUUUAUAUUAUCACAGUGCUAAAUAUACUAUCAGGAUACAAGCUGAGUGGACUUAUGGCGUUCUAUUACGAGGUAGCUUGUGUGGACCCUGAUGAAUGUAUGCGGAUAUGUGAAAACCGCGUGGGAUGCUCAAACAUCGCUUAUCCGAAACUCGUGCUGGAGUUACUUCCCAAUGGUCUAAGGGGUUUUAUGAUGGCUGUGGUUCUCUCCGCCAUCAUGAGUUCCCUCACGUCAAUCUUUAACAGCUCAAGUACUUUGUUUACCAUGGAUUUGUGGAGACGAUUCAGGCCUAAAUCCACGCAGCAGGAAUUACUCCUCGUAGGCAGAGUCUUCAUCCUCUUCAUGUGUGUAUUGAGCAUCGUAUGGUUGCCUUUGAUCAAAAGCUCACAGGGAGGACAACUCUUUUCAUACCUCAACAUGGUCCUAGCAAGCCUUAUGGCACCAGCUGGCCCAGCAUUCCUCAUAGCAAUAUUUUGGAAGAGAACGACAGAAAUAGGAGUAAUUGGUGGUCUGCUUCUAACGCACAUCUGUGGCAUCGUACGUCUGGUUUUAGAAUUUACAUACCCAGCGCCACCUUGUGGGGAACCGGAGACCCGACCAGCAAUUCUCUACAAAUUUCAUUUCCUGUACUUUGGAUUUUUUAAUGUGUUUCUGGCGUUUGUGGCUAUAGCGUUGAUCAGCCUGAUGACACGACGACGGACCGAUGAGGAG